AUGGACACCUUCAAAGAUGAGCUGCUAAACGUUCCGAUCUCUUUUGAUCAAAAGUCCUUGAGCAGAAAAGCACAGCAGUUAGAUUUGAUAUAUCAUCUCUCGAAACAGUACACUUUGACUGCACAUGAUGUUGUUACGGAAAUUGAAACUGAAUUGGAACUUCGUCAGUAUUAUACAUUGAUAAAUCAGGCUAUACGAUGUCUGCGAUAUUUGAAGGAUGGCGGUUUCCAGCUUUCAUUAGAGCAAGAUUUUCAGAUCACUAACGAUCUUGUUACGUUAUUGAUUGAAGAGACUCAUCGCAUUGAUCUCGCAGAGCAAUAUUUUUCAGCACUCAGAGAGAGGUUGCAAAGUACAACAUGGGUCAAUGAGAAGAUGUAUGUGGAUUACGUUCUUCUUUGUAAGAUCCCGCUGUAUAAAAAUGAUCCAAGUCAUAAUAAGAUUGCACUACGAAAUCUAUCCAAGCUUAUAUCAAAGCUCGAUACGUCUCUUUGGAAAGUGCUGUUUCAAUAUUUUAGAUUGCAGUUGAUUCCAGGCAAUGAAAGGAAGUUGGCUGAUUAUAGAGAUAUUCUGUUCGUGAUCAAAAACCAUGAACAAUUCCAUUUCGUUGUGAUGUGUUCGUUUAUUAAUUACUGUCUCGAUGAAGGGAUCAGCAUACCAGCUGAUAUGUGGGUUUAUUUUAGUGAAAUGGACACAGCUCAUGUCAAACUUAAAAUAUGGAAAAUACUCUUGGAGCUCUUAGUUUUAAUCUUCAAGGACAUUAACAUUACUGAUAAGCUCACAGAACUGAAAUCCUUCUUUGACAACAAUAAAGAUAAAAUCGAUAGUCCAUUGGAAUCAAUUCACCUUUUUGACACUGUAUCAUUGAAGCUUGACUUUCCUGUAUUCGGAUACAAAGAUGUAAAAAAUUUGCUAUUAUUCUUUCAAAGUGUCAGUUAUUUACCGAAUUGUUUCGACAAAAGAUCAAACUUCUCUGUUAAGUUCUUACCGAAAACUAUAUCAACAACUGGAAAGCUCCUUUCCUCCUUGGAUGAAAAAUGUUCACUCUCCAAAUUGAAUUCUUUGCACAAAUUUUAUCACACUUUGUUGGACCUGGUGAAGUUCUAUCAGACCUGUGAAUCAAUAAUCCUACAUGGUAUGGUUGCCGAUGACAAUACUACUUCGCCAUACCAAGACUUGCUUCAAGCGUGGAAUGCACAACUUAGAGGACAAGUGAAGACAGCAUCAGCUAUUUACUAUUCUAUAUUACACAAUGAUUUAGGAAACAGGGAAUUGAAGUUACUGUCAUUAUUACAUCUAUACGCCAUCACGUUGGCUGAAAUUUCAGAGUGUGAUACAGGAAACGACGAUCUGCACACAUUAACAACCAAGGCUAAUCAAUUGGUUUCUCAAUUGGAUCUUCUAUUAAAUACCUCAGUUUUUAGUGCUAGUACAGUUUGGCGCAGUACAAAAUUAUUAUUGGUAAUAAUGGGAAGAUUCGAGCCUUUCACCAAAAACCCACAAGCUUCCAAUCAGAACACAUUACUUUUAAAUGAGUUAGAGCAAUAUUUUGCAGGAAAUAGUUUAUUACCUGCGGACGAUUUACCCACAAGUAAGGCACCUGUCAAAAUUAAAAAAUCGUUACUGCUCCACAUAUGGCUUAAUUACAUAGCUGGUUCCAUGUCUAUUAAUGAGUUAGACCAAAGAUGUGUUCUUUCUAGUACCUGUUUCAAGUUAGCAAAGCAACAAUAUCUACCGUACCUAAGAUAUCUUGUCGGUAUUUGGAAUUUAAUGAAUAAUACCAUUGCGAUGAACAGCAAAGAAGUUGCUUUGACAAAAGCAAGGUUAGAUCAAAUCGUCAAAGAUCUAAAAGCCAACUCUGACACUGAAACUACAGCCAAUAGUACAUCAUAG